AUGCUACCCUUUGAUCCAUUAACGAAGACGAACAUCUUCCACUCCGAGCUCGUCACAAGGCACUUGGCUGCGAACUUCUUCCUCGUCGGUUUCGCUACUACGCUCGUUGUGUUACGGUUCAUCACGAGACGAAUCUGCGGGACUAAGAUAUGGUGGGAUGACUUUGCCGCAGUGGUUUCACUGAUCUUCACUAUCGGCAUGCUCGCAAUGCACAUCACAGAUGCGAAUUACGGGAUGGGAUACCAGACCAAAGAACUACCCAUUGCCAAUAGCAUCUUCCUAGCUAAGCUGCUCAUAGCUUACCAAGCUGUGUACUACGCCGCCGUCUCCAGCGUCAAGCUAUCCUACCUCUUGUUCUACUUACGCUUUUUCACACUCAAGGAACAUCGUAUCUGGGUUUGGAUAUGCAUGGGCUUGGUCGUAGCGUACUGGCUCGGUAGUAUGCUCGCGACUUUUCUUUUGUGUACGCCUCUCGAGGCGAACUGGAACCCUCUUUUGGCCAGAAAGUACUGCCCGGAUCACAAACACAGCACGGCAUUCGUUGCGACUGGCAUCUUCAACAUGAUAACCGAUCUGAUUAUCAUCCUGUUGCCCAUACCAUUCAUCCGAAAACUACAAAUGACUCGUGGUGCCAAGAUCGGCUUGGUGGCGAUUUUUGCAAUAGGUCUACUUGUUACGGCCAUUUCCAUCCUUCGUAUCGCCGUUAUCUUCGACCUCCUUCAUACCGCAGGCAACACUAAAAACCUACCCUACGCAAUGACCGACGCGGCUUUCUGGUCCGUCGCCGAGCCUGCUGUAGCCAUUAUCAACUGCUGCAUCAUGACUCUCCGCCCGCUCCUCAGACUGAUAUCUCCUACCCGUCUGUGGUUUUCCAACAGAGUCAGCCCCUCGGACGAAGUGAGCCAUCCUGCAACUAUCGGUGGGGGCUCUAAGCUGAGGAACAAGAUUGGAGAUGAGCAUGACGAGUACCCGAUUACUCUGGUAGAGGAUGGGUUGGUAGACACGGAAAUCGGACGUGUAGACAGUGGGGCUUGCCGGGGUUUACAUGGUUAUGCCGUCAGUGAGAAGAGUGGCGGAAGCAUGCCGACCGUGAAUGACGUAUCGAACUACUUGGGUAGAGAUUGA